AUGGUUGCCCUCUCACUGAAGAUCAGCAUCGGCAAUGUGGUGAAGACAAUGCAGUUCGAGCCCUCCACCAUGGUGUAUGACGCCUGCAGGAUGAUCCGUGAGCGGGUGCCUGAGGCCCAGAUGGGACAAGCCAGUGAUUUUGGGUUGUUCCUCUCGGAUGAAGACCCAAAGAAAGGGAUCUGGCUGGAAGCUGGGAAGGCUCUGGACUACUACAUGCUUCGUAAUGGGGAUACCAUGGAGUAUAAGAAGAAGCAGCGGCCCCUGAAGAUCCGUAUGCUGGAUGGGACAGUGAAAACGGUGAUGGUGGAUGACUCCAAAACUGUCACGGACAUGCUCAUGACAAUCUGUGCCCGGAUUGGCAUCACCAACUAUGAUGAGUACUCGCUUGUUCGAGAGAUUAUGGAAGAGAAGAAGGAGGAGGUUACUGGCACCCUCAAGAAAGACAAGACCCUGCUGCGAGAUGAGAAGAAGAUGGAGAAGCUCAAGCAGAAGUUGCACACAGAUGACGAAUGUAGGUGCCUGGGCAUACUGGGGACAGAGUCAGCCCAUGCCAAGGGCAGUGGGGAGGGAAGCAGGAACCCCUGUGGAGGCCAGAGCCAGUUGGGGAGUAUGGAGGACUGUGAUGAGGGAAUAUAUAAUGUGGAUUCACGAGAUCCUGUGCAGCUCAACCUACUCUAUGUGCAGGCUCGUGAUGACAUCCUCAACGGUUCACACCCUGUCUCCUUUGACAAAGCCUGUGAGUUUGCUGGCCACCAGUGUCAGAUCCAGUUCGGGCCACACAAUGAGCAGAAGCACAAGCCGGGCUUUCUGGAGCUCAAGGAUUUCCUGCCCAAGGAAUACAUCAAGCAGAAAGGGGAGCGCAAGAUCUUCAUGGCCCACAAGAGCUGUGGGACCAUGAGUGAGAUUGAUGCCAAAGUUCGCUACGUGAAACUUGCCCGUUCCCUCAAGACCUAUGGGGUCUCCUUCUUCUUGGUCAAGGAGAAGAUGAAGGGGAAGAACAAGCUGGUGCCACGGCUACUGGGGAUCACCAAGGAGUGUGUGAUGCGCGUGGAUGAGAAGACCAAGGAAGUGAUUCAGGAAUGGAACUUGACCAACAUCAAGCGCUGGGCAGCCUCACCCAAGAGCUUCACCCUGGAUUUUGGAGAUUACCAGGAUGGUUACUACUCAGUGCAGACGACAGAGGGGGAGCAGAUCGCCCAGCUGAUUGCUGGCUACAUUGAUAUCAUCCUCAAAAAGAAGAAGAGCAAAGACCACUUUGGGCUGGAGGGGGAUGAAGAGUCCACCAUGCUGGAAGACCUUGUGUCCCCAAAGAAGUCUACAGUCCUGCAGCAGCAGUUUAACCGUGUAGGCAAGGCAGAGCUGGGUGCAGUGGCCCUGCCAGCCAUCAUGCGGACGGGGGCUGGAGGGCCAGAAAACUUCCAGGUGGGCACAAUGCCACAGCCUCAACUGCAAAUCACCAGUGGCCAGAUGCACCGAGGGCACAUGCCUCCCCUGACCUCAGCCCAGCAAGCCCUGACUGGCACCAUCAACUCCAGCAUGCAGGCUGUGCAUGCAGCCCAGGCCACACUGGAUGACUUCGAGACCUUGCCGCCCCUUGGGCAGGAUGCUGCAUCCAAAGCUUGGCGCAAAAACAAGAUGGAUGAGUCGAAGCAUGAGAUCCACUCCCAAGUGGAUGCUAUCACUGCUGGCACGGCCUCGGUGGUCAACCUCACUGCAGGGGAUCCAGCAGACACAGAUUACACCGCUGUGGGCUGCGCUGUGACCACCAUCUCUUCCAACCUGACGGAGAUGUCUAAGGGCGUGAAGCUGCUGGCUGCACUGAUGGAGGAUGAAGGAGGGAAUGGGCGGCAGCUUCUGCAGGCAGCCAAGAACCUGGCCAGCGCUGUCUCGGACCUGCUGAAAACAGCACAGCCUGCCAGUGCUGAGCCUCGCCAGAAUCUCCUGCAGGCUGCUGGCCUUGUGGGCCAGACUAGUGGAGAGCUGCUGCAGCAGAUCGGGGAGAGUGACACUGACCCCCGGUUCCAG